AUGUGCGCUGUGACUCAGACGUUUCAUGAACGCACCCUUUUGCCGUUGCCGUGAGAAAGAUUUCAUCGGCAAAAGAGUGAAUGUUGAGAAAGGAAUAUGAAGAAGGUUGAGACUGAGACAAUGGGAAGAAAACGCAACAUCACCGUCAAAUACAACACAAACCCUUUCUCCGACGCCAAAGCCAUGUUGGGUUUCACCACCAAGAAGCUAAAGAGGCUUCCCCAUGUCUUCACCAGGGUUCUUGAGCUUCCCUUCCGCGCCGAUGCUGACGUCAUCGUCGAGGAAGCUCCCCAGUGCAUCCGAUUCGUGGCGGAGACCAACGCCGUCGCCGAUGUGGAGGCCCACACCGUCGAAAUCCAUCCUGGGAUAACUAAGACUGUGGUAAGGGAAAUCGGCUCCUUGGGAUUCUCCUUCAAGGACCUCGACCUUGAUGUUUGGAGGUACCGGUUGCCGGAAUCGACGCGGCCGGAGCUUGCCACCGCCGUCGUCGUCUCCGGGGAGCUGGUGGUGACGGUGCCGAAGGGGGAUAUGUGGGGGCAUGCCACACUUGUGCUUGUACAGUGAUUUAAGGUGGUUCCUUCUUUUUAGUUUCCAAGUUAUGUUGUUAGUUUUAAGGUUGUUGGAUUCGAUGCGCUUGUUGCACUUCCAUCAAAUAACCUUGUUUUCUUUUCACAUGCUAACUAACGAAUAACAAAUAGCAACGGUCUAAGUGACAAUGAUUCUCUACUUUAGUGACUAUGAUUGUGCUGGUUGCGUUUUUAAGGUUCUAGAGAUUGUCGCAAUUCAUCGCUAAUUUUAUAUGAUGGUAAAAUUUGAAACUUUAUGCAAUCACGUAAUUUUAAUUAACCUUAUGCAUUUCGUAAUAUAGUUUUUGUGGAUUUUUAUAUUUGAGAUUGAGAGGUGAACAAGAAAACCAUAAUGUGAAUUGGGAUGAAAGCAUUUUCGGCAAAAACUAGAGGAGGGUGGGGAAUAAUAUUGAUUUAGGUCGUCCUAAUCCGAAUCUAGCAUUUUUCAUCGAUGGUUGACUAGACCCAAAUUUGAAUUUCAGGCUGUGAUUUCUUUGCCGAUGUAGAUUUUUGUCCUUUUUGAGUGCUGGGCCUUGGCUGAAUCUCUAGGAAGUGAAACUAUUGAGCUUUGUUUGAACUAUCUUUUUUUGCAUAUUGAUCAAGAACAUAUAGUCAAAAUAUAAGACUUAGAACAAUUUUUAUUUUAUUUUUAGUCCGAAAUAGAAAUUUUAUUUUUGUGAACUAACUUUUAAAAGUGAGGUAGAUCUAAAAUUUCCAGACUCAUAGCAGUGUUAUUCAAGACAUCAUAUCAAGAAAUAGAUAGGACAUUUUCUUAAAAAGCUUUGAGCGUAUUCUUUGCAUUACAUUGGAGGCAUUUUGUGAAGGAAUGAGGAAAUCAUUAAGCAUCGUACAAAAGCUUCUCUUGGCCAAGAGUAUUUUCUUGUUCGAUGAUGAAAUGUAUUUUUUAUUCAUUUACGUUGUA